UUUCCCCAUCGUCCCGCCGUUUCCCACUUCCAGCGUCCGUCUCUCUUUCUCUCGCUCUCUCCUCCAGCCUUCUCCCCCAAGCUUUAGGGCAAUCUCUCCCUUCCUUCUUUCCUUCCCGGAGUGAAACGGGCAAUUCCCCCUCGACGCCGAUCGCCCAUUCCGGCAAUCAGCCUGAAGCCUCAACCUGAAAGAAGAUAACGAGACCGGGACAGCUGGGAAGAGAAUCCAUGAAAAGAUGCUAGCUGCCGCCGCGGCGUUGGCUUCAUCAACUAGCUCCCGAGAUUCCGGAUCGCCAUGUCGAGACAGUGGUUGUGGAGCGGAACUUCUAGGUAGGUUUUCCAGGGGACCCAGAUUUUUGACAUUUGGAGCCAUUAAGAGGAUUGCAAGUUCAGUUGCUGAAAGCCAGAGCAAUAGCAUUUCAGGGUAUAAGAGGUGUCAUCUUGCUUGUCAGAGCCUUCUACUUGACCAUCUUGUUUACCCCAAGCAUAGUCAUGGCAACCAUUUGUUGACUUGUUUGGACCAGGAUUCAGGCGCUAUUGGCUUCAUGUCGUCCUUCGAACACUUGAAAGAGCAGGGUUUGAGGAACUUCCUGUGGCAUCUGGAAGUAUCGCUCAGGUGCAUCGGCAUCUUUGAGAUUCAGAGAUUUCACUAUCAUCAAUGUGGUAGCAAGAUGUCGAGAUUUGUCCCGGCUUUGAAUUGGUUGAGAUUGGAUGAAAGUGUACAGCAGUUUGCAGUUUUUAUGAUGUCUCAAGUUGAUCUUGCUAGGGAGGCUGCUCACUUGAGCAGGUUGACAACUUUAUCCAUGCAGACAUGCAUCCUGGGAAUAUUCUUGUGCGGGUGGCGUCUCAGACCAAGCCCUCUGGGAAAAAAACGGCUUUUCAAGUCAAAGCCUCAUGUCGUUUUCCUUGAUGUAGGCAUGACCGCUGAACUUUCGAAGAACGACAGAGUGAAUCUACUUGAGUUUUUCAAGGCUGUUGCUCGCCGAGAUGGACGCACUGCAGCAGAAUCUGCAUUGCUGUUAUCGAAACAGCAGAAUUGUCCUGAUCCGAAGGCUUUCAUAGAGGAAGUGGAAGAGGCAUUCACAUUCUGGGGAACUCCAGAAGGAGAUUUGGUUCAUCCUGCUGAAUGCAUGCAGGAACUACUCGAGAAAGUAAGACGACAUAAGGUCAACAUUGAUGGUAAUGUCUGCACUGUCAUGGUGACAACUUUGGUUCUCGAGGGAUGGCAAAGGAAGCUGGACCCCGCAUACAAUGUGAUGAAAACGUUACAGACGCUGCUUCUUCGAGCUGAUUGGGCCAAGUCCCUAUCUUACACGAUCGAAGGGUUGAUGGCCCCAUAGAAGAGAAAGAAGGUUAUUACAGGUUGGAAACAAUUUUGUAAGUGUUUAGGACCACAAAAGAGUUCACUUGCAGUCUAAGAAAUAACGAUAACUCUCUCAGGGAUGUAUCCAUCCCUCCUGAAGUUUUAGAUGAUUCUUUGUAAUUUCCUUCUACCUUUAGGAAUUCUUCCUUUUCUUCUUUGUUUACUUCUCACUUUUUUCUUCUUUUGUUUCCCAUUUCUUUCUGGGUCUUUUUGCCUGUACUUAAUUCGAUCGGUUUUUCCAGACAAAGGAAGAGCAACAGAGAAAGUAAAGAGAAAAUAAGUGAUGCUAUUUCUUUUAGUAUAUCAUCUCUUACCCUAGGAAGAACUAAAUCUUCCCAUUUAUACGUGUAAAUCCUGUGCCUAAUAUCCCAUUCCAUUCAUCAUAUUGGUUGUAAAAACUGUAAUAAAUUAUGUCGCUUCGUUUCUGUGGUUGUAUCAGAUUGAGAGAGGGAUGCAUGC